AUGCAUCAUGAUUGCUCUCCUCCUGUUGUUCAUCGAGACAUAUCAAGCAACAAUAUUUUGCUCGAUGAGGAAUAUGUGGCUCAUGUUUCAGAUUUCGGCACUGCUAAGCUGCUGAAGAUAGACUCAUCCAAUUGGACUGAACUUGUUGGCACAUAUGGAUACAUUGCACCAGAGCUGGCUUAUACGAGGAAAGUUACAGAAAAAUGUGAUGUGUAUAGCUUUGGAGUGUUAGCAGUGGAAGUGAUUAAAGGAAAGCAUCCUGGCGAUAUCAUCACCUCUCUAUCGUCUCAUUUAACAAAUGAAAGCACGCUGGUGAAAGAUAUUCUGGACCAACGACUUCCACUUCCUCCUUCUGAAGUUGAGGAACAAGUGAUGACCAUUGUAAAGCUAGCAACUGCUUGCUUACAUGUCAAUCCACAAUCUAGGCCAUCCAUGCACAAGAUUUCUCAGAUGUUAGAUCAGUUCUACAGCCCUUUACAGUGUUAA